AUGAUGCAUAAACGUACGUGGGCAAUCUAUAAACAUAACUUUUGUUUUGUAGGUGAAAUGGGUCAUUUUUCUUAUGUUGCUUUUGAUCGCAUCAAUAAACAACGUGUAAGAAAAGAAGCACAAUGGAGGAAGAGAAGAGGACAACAAAUAGCUGGUACUGAAGAUACUGAAAAUGAUGAAGAUAAGAAUGAUGAUACAAUUGAUGAUUAUCAGUCUGGUGCAUAUUGA